AUGUAUCGCCAAAAAUUAUUUACUAGUGAGAAUGAUCUCAGAAAACCUUUUGUUCCAACAAAACGAGUUGAUCUCUGCUCCUUUAAAAGUCAAGAAGAGUUGUAUAAGCUUAUAGAAAAGCAAUGCACCGAAGACGGAUUACCACUUGUCAUUGCUAAUGUUGACUGUCAUCCCAAAUGGAAGGCCGAUUUGCUUAGCCUAGAUCAUCUCAAGAAGUUUCAUGGAGAUUCUGUUCUUGAUUUAUAUUCUAUGCGAACGAGAUCAAUCGACAAUAAGCGUACAAUGAAAGAGUAUAUUGAAGCACUCCAAUGGUCGGCUAAGAAUUUAGACAUCAAUUCAAACCAAAAGCCUCACAAAAAGGACUGUAUAAAAAGUGUAAGGCGUCAAAGCUCACAACGACUGCAAAAGACGCGACAGGUGCCAGAUCCAUGUUUACUAGAGCCACUAGUCGACGCAUCUAUAGACCCUACUCAAAACUCUCUUUCUUCUGUCAAAACAUCUACUUCGUCCGCUAAUAAUACAACAGAUAAUGGAAAUAUCGAGACUUUUACGAAAAUUACCCUAGAGAUUGACCAAAUAGACAGCCCUGAUCUACCGGAACUCUCCUCUACAAUCAUCUCUCCUGUCGAAAAAGAAAAAGAAGUAACUGUUAAUACUGAAAAUCCAAGCAAUAACAGUGAUAUCGUCCAGCAUACCGAGCUACAAACCCCCACAUAUUCGAUAUCCCAUUCUUCUAUGGCUACCCCUCCCGCCGAUGACAUCAAAGAUACUAAACAUGAAUUGAUUGAUGAGGAAACUUCUAAUUUAUCAGCAGCAGAAAUCAAACGCAAAACUAACACAUCAUUACUAUACGGAAAAGACAUAUCUUGUCCUACGGAGUAUAAGGAUGUUCUUGAAACAAUUCUUCCAGAAUAUUUACUUUCACUUGGAAGCUGCGAUUUGUUUAACUGUUUACCGGAAGACAUGCAGGCAGAAAAUCUUAUGUGUUAUCUUGGAAGCAGUGGUACUGGCACGGCUAUUCAUAGAGAUCUCUGUGGUACUUUUGGUCAUAACCUUAUGACAUAUGGUGACGAUGGUGCUUACUCAGAAUGGCUCAUAGUUGAAGAUCGUUUUCGAGAUCAACUCACCAAAGUCCUGCAUUCUCCGGACAGCAAACGCUCAAAAGACAAUGAUGAUCACUCAUAUAACAUGACUGACCAAACCAGUUCAUUCGUUGAAAGCGAUCAAGCAUGGGUGAACUUGAAAACACUUAGAAAUGCUAAUAUCAAGACUCAUGUCAUUUUGCAAAAACCUGGGGAUCUAGUACUUAUCCCUAGUCUUUGCUACCACCAAGUACGUAAUCAUGGAAUUUCUAUGAAGGUCGCGUGGAACAGAGUUACACCACAAACUUUGGAGCUUGCUUUGAAAUUUCAACUUCCAAUUUAUCAAACAAUUGCGCGCCCAGAAACCUACCGGUGUAAAUCAAUCAUUCACUUGACUCUCGAAAGGUGGUUGGAUAUAAUCAAGCCAUUUUCACAGAAAAGAGGGGGAUCAGAUGUUCAAGACUUCUUCUCUAUUCCACUAUUCGAAAGGGGUAUUGAUGUAUUUGUCAUGGAAUGUAGAAUCAUGUUGCAUUUAUAUAGCGAGAUGAUUCGACCUGAGAUUAUUGAACCCAUUCCUUCUGAGGAUAUUCGAGAAUCAAUCUGCAAACCUACAAAAGACGUCAAGCCACACACUCUGAAAUGUGAUUUCUGUCACUGCGAUAUUUUCUUACGAUUCUAUCACUGCGAUAACUGUCUGGACAAGGAAGGAAAAUGUGAAGGAUAUGAUAUAUGCCUUGAGUGCUACUCACAAGGCAGGACUUGUCAACAUAUGGAUGAAUUAGUUAUGCAGCGAACAAGUCUUAGUCUCGAAAACUGCAUUACUCUUUAUAAUUCAUUUAUUAAGACAAUUAAUAGUAUCCUGAAAGAUACGAGUCUUACACCUCUAUUUUAUAGUAAUCUUGAGCAGAAGAUUUCUGUUACGACUACGUCCGAAUUGUAUGGCUCAAAGGGAAUUGAGCUUCGCGGGCUAUUUGGUAGGGAGCCAUGCUAUAAGCUCGAGUAUAAACAAAAUGGAGAAAAUAUAUACACCUGUGAUGAGUGUGUUAAACACUGCCAUGGAUGUCGCCCCGUCUCUGUUAAACCAAAAAAAGCUCAAGAAAUGGUAUACUAUAUUCCGCCUUUUUAUGAUCCACGAAAUUGGGGUGGUGUAACUGAUAAAGGAGUAUACCAAACUAUUUCCGAAACAAAAAGAGACGCAACAGAGCAAAUUCACAGAUGCCUUGAUCUUGCUUUGCUAGACGACGAAUGUCUUCAAGAAGAAUUCAAAGGUCGGAUUGUAGGAUCGCUCCUAAAAAACAUGCGCCCUAAAACUGUAAAACGUAUACAAAAUGAUGAUAUCGAUGAGCUGAUCCAAGUUGCUACAAGCAGCGCUUCGUCUUGGGCUACUUUCAUACAGACGAAUAUUAAUAAGAGAAAGAACUUUGAAGACGGACCUGAUAAAUUUACUUCCAACAAAAAGCAAAAAUUUUGGGAUCAAGCUGACGAGUUGUUUGAUAUGAAAAAAUGCACUGCUUAA